CUCAUUUCGCGUAUUUGAGUUUUAAUUUGUGUACGGCGGACAUAUAAACGUGACUUUAGUAAAAUACGUUUAACUUCUUACCGUGAUUUGUCUUCAGUUUGUGACUGUAUCAGUUGCUUCGCUGGUUCACGUUUAAAGGUGUUCAAAAAGUAAGAGUAACUGUAGCAGAUUAUUUAAAAAUUUGGAAGAGUUGCACUCAUAAUAGCGUGCAUUAAGAGGCAGUGGUAAGGGAACAAUGUUGCGACCAGAUAAAAGCCUCAUCGCUGGAGGAGGACUGUGGGACAAGAAAAGGGGAAGAAAUAUUAAGAAACCAGAAGACUUGGAGCUGGACAAUUUAGGUUGUGACAGCAUAUCGUAUUCUCCAAGAUCAUCUGUGGCGUUAUUUGCAGUAGAACUUGGAGAAAGUAUAGCAUCUGAUAGUUUUCAAAAAAAGGUAGCAAAUAAAACAAAAAAGUUUCUGAUUGGUAAACAGGAAGCGGAAAUUGACGUGUUCACUGAUAUUCUGGUGGAAAAAAAGGGAGAUGUUGACAAAGCAUUACUGUUUGUAAUUUCUGAAAUAAAGCCAGAAGAAACGAAAAGAUUGGUAUUUGUAAAUAAUCUGAUACACCGUGGUGCCAACAUAUCUACUACUGACUCUGAAUUCAGGACGCCUCUACAUCAUGCUGUUAAGAACAAUCACAGGGUUAUUGCUGCAAAGUUACUAGAAAAUGAUGCUAUUCCUAUCUUACGUGACAAAAAUGGAACUCUUCCAUUGAAAACUGCCAUGGACGAGGAAAACGAUGACAUUUGUGCACUGCUGCUUGCCUAUAUGCCAAAUGCGUUCGUACGUGAAUUAUUUGUGUCGAAUACAAAGAAAGCCGAAUUUUCCAUACAUGAUUUGGUACGUCUGGACGCCAAUAUGCAGAAAACGAUUCUAUCAAUUCUUGACUGCUUGAUAGAGACAAGUGGUUCCAGCAAUAGUCUGACAGUUUAUUAUGAUCUGUUAGAAUGUGACAACAAUGGGAGGACACCUAGCGAUAGCCAAUUCAACGAAAGUUCCAAGUCAGCUCUUCAAAUUAUCGCGAAAAAGGGAAACAAGAAUAUCAUCUACCAUGACGCAGUGAGGUUGCUGAUUCGAAGAAAAUGGAAGGAGUAUGCCCAACGGAGGUUUCAGUUAAAUUCCCUCCUGUAUAUUAUCGGAUUGUUUUGUAUCACCUACUCCGCCAUAGUGGCUGUGAUGGCACCUGAUCCAACUGUGUAUAGUGAUCGCCUGCAAAUAUCUAGGGCUGUUUUCGAAGUUUUAUCCUGUCUUAUGAUAGGGCAAACAGUGUUGAUAGAAAUCAAUCAGAUGAGACGACACAAGAUAGAGUAUUUCCACGAUACUUUUAACUGGUUUGAUUUUUCCUCUUCGAUUUUGCUGAUAUGUGUCAUUCCUUUGAGAUUUUUGCAUAUCGAUGCACAGUGGCAUGUGUUUGCGUUUGGAUAUUUAAUUUGGACUAUAAGGAUUUUAAAAUUUGCAGCUGUAUUUAGACAAACGGGGACGUAUACUCAGAUAUUGGCCAGAAUUAUUACCCAUGAUUUUAUCCAGUUUGGUGUGGUGUUUCUUGUCAUCCUGCUCGCCUUCAGUGGUUCAUUCUUCUUGUCUCUGAGGGGUGAUAAAAACCUAGAUACACACCAUGAAACAAGUACCUUCUUGGGAAUAUUGUUUGUUGGAGUCAGGUCAUUGACAGAAGCUCAACCCAUAGUUGAUUACACGGGGGAGGAAGGAUAUGGAACAAUCAGCGUUAUAUUCAUGGUAUGUUUCCUGUUCACGUGCAUUGUCAUCCUACUCAAUAUCCUCAUCGCACAAUUGUCUGAUACUUAUCAGAAGGUCCAACAAGAUGCUCAGAGAGGAUUAGAAGCCGACAGAGCAUGGAUUGUAGCCGGUGUAGAGUUGAACAGUUUCUUUUGUGGCAGGACUUACAGAAAAGAUAACUACAAAAAGUAUGAAGAUUUCAAAGAUCUAAAAAAAGUGCUCACGAAAUGGGAAUCUCCGCCGCUAAAUGAAACGAACAAGUAUGUUAAAGACAUCUGGGACACCUUAGAUAAUCAGAAAAUGAGUCUCCUUACCAUACAACAUAGACAGGUUCGUCAAGAAAAUAUUCUAAGGAAUAUACAAGAUCAGCUGCAUGGUUUGUUUGUUACACACACAACAGCAUCAAACAAAACGGCAGACACAGGUCACCCAUCAUCAACGAGACCUGAAUUUUAUCGCAGUGAUACAGAACCAGAAACAAGCGGAUCCAUUCAAAAUGACUAUACAGUUGACGCCAAUGCAGGGAUAACACAUUUGCUUAAUGAAAACAGCAUUGCACUUGACGAUGUUCAAGCUGAAAUUGAAUAAAGCAGAUUUUGCAGAAUCUGACGGGAGUAAUUAGUAACGUUCGAGUGUUGUUUUUUUUUUUUUUUUUUUUGCUGUUUUUUUUUUUUUUGUUUUUGUUGUUUUUAUUUGUCAACGAAAUAAAGUAACACCUGAAAAGUGCUUGUCCAACUAUUUCUGACUUUCUCAAAUUGUAGGUUACCUCUACUUUUUAGCGAGAAUGAUCAAUUAAUAUUCAUGACACUAACCAACAAAUGUUUGAAAAAGAAUUCAUUUUUCAAAAUACUGUCUGCCAAAAUUGGAAACAUUGAUGUAAGCAGUUACUUGCUCCUCCGAUGCCGUUGAGUUUUUCGACGCCGCCUCCUGGCGGCGUCAAGUAUAUGGGAUACACUUUUAUUUUGGACCAUGUAAAGAUGGUAAUGAAUAGUUUCGAAACGAUAAACAGAACACAGUGAAUAGUGUGUUUAAAGACCCACGAUAUUGCACAAUAGAUUUUAGUGAAUAAACAAAAAAAAAUGGCAAAAAGAAAACAUCAGAAAUGUAUGUAAUGCAAAUUAUUAUGUGAUAUAAAACAAUGUUAUUUGUCAUUCCUCUCCUUAUUUGUAGAGCAGAAAAUAUUUUUUUUUAUUUAAACAUUCGUCAAAUUGUUGAUCCGAUUUAUUGACAAGGGAGGUUACUCUAAGUCAAGUUUUCUAUUUCUAACCUUAGUAUGACCUACUUACCUGAUACAAUGGUAUACCGCUCUCUCGUAUUCUAUAAAUAGAACACACCGCAGAUAUACCAUAAUGCAAUGCUUGAAUUGCGGACAAGGAAGCGUUGUUUAUAUAUUACGCAUGUAUUUUACAUUAACCGUUCAGUGAACUUCAAAGAGAAUUAAAAAAAAUUAAAAUACGGAAAAUUAUACUUUGCCUGCAUAAAAUUCCUUGAAAAAAAAUUAAAGAAAGGAAUCAAUAUGCAUAUAAUUAUAUUGAAAUGAACGUAGGAAGUACCGCAGUUAGCUUAUUUUUAACCUUUUGCCUUAUUUUCUUUGUUGUUAGGUACAGUGAUAUAAUUUCAGAAUGCGCACAUUUUUGCAGAUUCCUUUAACAGUUGUAUAUUUAAAUAAUUGUUAUGGUUACCUUAACUAUGAAGCAUAGAGUUUCCCAUUUGUGACCACAUGUUCAACUGGUCAGAAUAUUUCUAAAUAAAAAUAGUAAAUAUUUUAUAAACUCAUCUUGAUUCUAACCUUUGACUUUCAUUCUUAUUUGUUGCUUAUGUAUCAUAUACAUGUACACAUUGUUUACAGAUAUUCACUGUCAUCUAAGGUGUGCAAUAAAGGGCCAUUAUUUGCCUGAAUUUGUCAGUGACAAGUUAAUACUUCUUUAAAAUGUGGUUAGAUGAAAAUAUCAAAAGCCAUGGGACCAUAACUUAUCAAAGCAUCAGUGACUUUCAAAUAGAUUUCCUUGUUGAAUUUAUAUUUUCUUUAAUUUUAUAUGACUAUUCAGUUGCUCUGGUUGUAUUUUAUCUUGAUACUUGUUUGUUUUGUUUUUUUACUUUUAUAGAUAGUUUGUUUUUGUAUCUGUCCAUUCCUGUCUAACUAAAAAAAAGGAUAUUCAUUAAAACAUUUUCUACACUUUGGCA